AUGUAAACUUCUGACUUCAACUGUAUGUGUGUGUGUGUGUGACCUUCAAUCCUGUAAGCGUCUGUUAACGUGAAACAUUGUAUUUAUUCUAAUUUCUUGGUUGUUGUUCUAUGGCUCUAAGCUUACAUUUCAGAACCAGUGUUCAAAAUAAGAUUUUAAAAAGCAGUCAGUUGAAACAUUCAAGGGCAUAGCUGGCCCUGUUUGGUCUGUUUGAACAAUAACCUCUAUCUAGCAUGUACAUGUUCAGUGGUCUGUUUACCCAAAGAGAAGGAAAGCAUGGUAGCUGGUAGGUGUGCAUUUUAAGAUUCACAAGUGUAGCUUAUGAGGUACAGCAUUAGUACAGUACUACUCGUUGCUGCAUUUUCUAAAAGAGGGUUGGCCUUCUCAUAAAAAAAGCAUAAAUAGAAUCAGUGAAGGCGGGAACCUAUUGAAAACAAACUACAGUACAUGAGCCAGCUUGCCCCCAAUGCGCAACAUACUAUCAAACAGGUUGCGCAACUUCCUGCCCAAUAACCGAGCGUUUGAUUGGUCAUCUGUUUUCACGCUUGUUUUGACUGGAUGAAGUCCAAUCUGGCUGCAUUUGGAACACACGGUUUCUGAUGAGGUGAAGUAUGUUGUUUGCAUAUUGACCUGGAGCGAGAGAAAGAGAGGAGGGGAUGAAGUGAAGGACAGAAGCAGGGAGAGUGAGAGAAGAGAGGGUGUGAGUAGGGGAAAUGUGUAAGGUGUCACCCUCCAUGUCUGACUCACAAGGUCAAAAGGCCUCCCUUUUCCUCCGACUCUGCAUGAUGAAAAGCUAUUUUCAGUCAAGAAUGAAAGAGCAAUAUCAGCCUCUCAUUCAAGAGGUGAAUGACUAGAGAGAGGAAACGUACUUGAUGUUUUGACCAAAGUCCUGAGCUGUCAAAAGCAUGUGCAAACUUCUAUAGCAUUUACAGUACAGCACUACAUGUACAAAACAUAUUUUGUUAUUCAUUCCAGGUAAACCUGUACACACACUACUGGUCAGACAUUUAGCGGUCUACACAAUGGACACAUAUUUCCCCUGAAUGUUCUGUUUUGCCGAGAGAGGAGUUAAAGAGGUUGUGGGGUUGUGGAGGGUAACAACGAAACAAGAUAGCAGUGAUCUCAUCCGUUCUCUCCUUCAAUCAUCCCAUGCGCUUACGAGUUGCCCCGGCAACAGCGUGCAUCACUGUGUGUGUGUGUGCGCGUGCGGGGGCCUGCAAAUCCACAGAGUGAAAAUUAUGUGUCAUCAGAGAGGAUUAGUAGCCCAUGGUUUAGUCAAGGGCCUUUCGGGUGGAUUCGCCGGUCGUGUUCGAGAGUGUUUCAUCCCAUACACAAACAGACUGCACACCAGAAACCCGAGAUGGUGUCCAACAAAGACACGGAUGGUGAAACGAGAGCGGGGGCUGAAAUUGAUUUGAUCAUGAACACUGAAACAAUAAAUCUGCAGGUUCUUACACAACUGAAAUGUGAACAGGAUUGGGCAAAAAGGGAAACUUCUCUGAGCCUGUGAGGGACAGAGUAAGAUGUAGGGCUAAUCAAAAAGGCACGGUCACUCUCUUUCCUCACGCUCUUUUUCUGGCUGCCUCAGCUUGUCUCUCUCUCUGUGUGUGUGUGUGUGUGUGUGUGUGUUUGUGUCUGCUGACUCUUAAUAUCCGUUUCUCUUCCUGUUGGUCUUCUUUUUUCUACCACUUCUCCGUUAUUGUUUCUGGUUCCCAUCACUAUCUCUGUCCUCCCCUCCCUGCUCUAUCCUUUUCUCUCUCUCUGCUCUCUACUUUGCUGCUGACUGUUGAUAAACCUCACAGCGUUGCUCCCUAACCUUACCGCAGGAAGUUUCCUGUGCUGAAACGGAGCCCAUGCUGGAUCGCUUCCUGCCCAAGUGCGUUGUGGGACACGUUUGUUUGGGCCUCCCUCCCCCACUCCUUCCUCCGCUGGGCCCUGUGCAGAUGGCUUGGUCCGGCAGGCCGGAUCUCAGAGGAGUUUUGGCAGCGUUGUGCCUUCCCUCUUUUGCUCUCUCUUUCCCCUCUCUCAAUCCAGCCCUGGAGAGAACAUACCACUGCAGUGACCUCACAACCAGGUCCUCCCUGCAUGCUGUACGCAUCACUAAGGUCACGUGAUUAAGGGGUCACCCGUAGGCGACACAGCUGGUGGAUGCUAAGCAUAUGGCCUGCAGCCGGUGUUCUGGAGCAGGGAGGACGUGGGCCAGUGGUUGCGCUGGGCCGAGAGGGAGUUUGCCCUGCGUCCCAACACCAGUGGCAGUUUCCAGAUGAACGGCAAGGCCCUGCUCCUCCUCACCAAGGAGGACUUCCGCUACCGGUCGCCCCACUCCGGGGACGUCCUGUACGAGCUGCUGCAGCACAUCCUGAAGCAGAGGAAGCCGCACGCCUCCUACCCCUCCGCCUACUUCCCCGGCAACUCCUUCCACCCUCUGCCAGAGGGUGCUCUCCAGCACCACAAACUGGAAGAAACGGUACGGCGAACACCACGUGGUACAGAGCCCCAACCCCAGCACCCACCCACCAUUGAGCUCCGACACCGCUCCCGCUCUCCUCCCCGCCUCUCCCCCCUGGACCCAAACUACCCACGCCCUGGUGCCGAGGACCACCUCCAGACGUCCUCCCAGCUGCCCGACAGCAACCACCACCUGCCCGAGGACUUGUACACUCUGUCGGUGUCCCCGGCUGCCCCUAACGGCCGCUGUGCCACGCCCCGCGAAGCCCCCUGCCCAGGCAGCCCCGGGUGCCAGGACGCUGCCCCCCCUCGUGUCAUCCAGCUCAUGCCCAGCGCCAUCAUGCACCCCCUGCUGCUUAGCCCAGGGAGAGGAGGUGUCGCUGGAGACUUCAGGCACGGUCGUGGGGGGCCACCACUUCAGGCCCCCCAUGAAAAUGGGCGUGAGGGGAAGGGCCACAUCCAGCUGGCACUGGCCCACCACCAGCAACACGCUCUACAUCAGCAGGAGGAGGCGCUCUACAGGAACCACCACGUCAUUGUGCCCAUUUCGCCACCAGAGGAACAGGCAAUGCCCAUUGGACGGAUAGCAGACUGCAGGCUGCUGUGGGACUACGUCUACCAGCUCCUCUCAGACAGCCGGUACGAGAACUACAUCCGCUGGGAGGACACAGAGACUAAAGUCUUCCGCAUCAUGGACCCCAACGGCCUGGCUCGCCUGUGGGGGAACCACAAGAACAGGACCAAUAUGACGUACGAGAAGAUGUCACGAGCACUGAGACACUACUACAAACUGAACAUUAUCAGGAAAGAGCCAGGACAGAGACUCUUAUUCAGGUUCAUGAAAACCCCAGAUGAGAUUAUGAGUGGACAAACUGACAGGCUGGAGCACAUAGAGUCGGACACAGACGAUCAAAUCUACAUCAAAGAGGAAUGCUGAGGCCUCUGGGAAAUGGAGUCCACUAAAGCGAUGAACUACUACAGCCGCUGAUGCCUUUCAGAAAGCUGCUCGAACAAUCGUUUCAAACCAAGAGCGCCCGGACAUUCACUCUAUCCAAAACUCAGAGGAACUUGAUGGUGACGUCUCUAGAUUUCCUUCUUUUAAAACUUUAUAAGAUUUUCUUUCCAGACAAAUCUUAUCAGUUGUUUUCUGUCUUAAUGCAAGGAGUUCAAAGGACCUGGUGAGAAGUAUAUCUCAUAAGACAUUCCUUUUCCCUGAACUGCCACAGCAAAUCAAUCAUUUCAUGCUUGUCAUUGUUGAUUUUUCUUCCCCAUGUGUGCAUUAACUAUAAGAAAAUGUUGCAAUUUGUGCAACUAAUGGGAGGGGGUGUGUAGCUGGAACGUUUUCACCACAGAAUAAAUCUUUUUGAUCAAUUUGUA